UGGCAUUAAGCUCUGGGAAGAAGAAAAAAAAAGGUCAUCCCUCGAGAAAUUGUGUUGUUAUUGACCGGCGGAGGGAAAAGAAGCGGGUCGAUAAGUGGAUCAGAUUUAUUAGCGGUCCAGAUUGGCUACAGCACGCCAAAUGCCAGAGGAGCCACAACAGUCUGUGGGACUGCACACCGCGCAUUUCAUUUAGGUUAGAGGAGCGCCAGACAGCGUGUCUACAAGUGCGGAGCAAUUUCAAGUGAAGGCACAGUAAACCAGCAGGAUGGAUCCGCUCAGACUGGCAGUGUCCUUCCACAUUCUUCUGUGUUCUGCAUGGGCCCGUCACUCUUACAUGGACAGCAUCCUCUCAGCAGGCUCAGCUCUCAGGUUUCUAGAUGAGCCGCUGACAUUUGACCCCUGCUGUCUCAUGUCACCGCCUCCACCGCCGCUCUUCCCUCCGCCUCCUCAGCUGUGGAAGCGUGGCAUCCCUGAUGGUAUUGGCGUGUUAGAGCCGAGUGUUUUUGGAGGAGAAGUACAGGAAAAGCCAAAACCUGUGAUACCUGGGUGUUCACCUGGACCUCCAGGACCUCAAGGACCCCAGGGCCCAGAGGGUCAUGGUGGAUUACCUGGCAUUAGAGGACCAAAAGGGGAGAAGGGAGAAAUUGGACGUCCGGGGUCAAAGGGCCGUACAGGGGCUCCAGGCCUGCCAGGGAAACAAGGACCACCCGGAUGGCCUGGUCCAGAGGGACCAGAGGGUGAGAAAGGGGAUCCAGGACUUAUGGGAUUACCAGGACUGAGGGGACCACCGGGGACAAAGGGUUUGCCUGGUUAUAAAGGAGACAAGGGGGGUUACGGUGAACCUGGAGCAGCAGGACCAAAAGGCGAUAAGGGUUCCAUUGGUUUGCCUGGGAUGCUCGGACAAAAGGGUGAGCAGGGACCAAAGGGAGAGCAAGGACACACAGGGAAGAGAGGACCUACUGGGCGGCCAGGGAAGAGAGGCAAGCAGGGUGGUAAAGGCCAUGCUGGAGCCCCAGGAGUCAUGGGACCUCAAGGACCCCCAGGUCAAAAUGGCCAUCCAGGACCACCUGGACCACCUGCUUCAGGUCUCUAUCUAGUCGGGGAAAAAGGAGAGAAGGGUCUUCCUGGUCCACCAGGUCUCUGUGACUGUGAUUCCACUGUUGGAGCAAAUAAUGCUCCUUUUGGAAGCUACACUCAACGGGGUGGCCCCAAUAAAGUUCCUGCAAUAUUUGUGGUGAACAAUGAGGAGGAGAUGGAGCGUCUACGUCUGGACAACGCAAUAGCAUUCAGGAAGGAUCAGAGGGUGCUCUACUUUAAAGAUAAAGAUGGAUGGAAGCCCAUACAGCCCUUCCAGCCCUUCCAGUCCACAGAGAAAGUCCCAGACAGAGUUGGUUCAUGCGGGGAUGGAAAGGUGCAAGCCCAGCAUGGAGAGGAGUGUGAUGAUGGAAACCAGAUUGUCACUGAUGCUUGUCUCAACUGUAAGUGGGCCUACUGUGGAGAUGGCUACAGACAUGAUGGCAUUGAAGAGUGUGAUGGAAAGGACUUUGGGUAUCAGACCUGCAAAUCGUAUCUUCCUGGGUCCUUUGGGCAGCUCAGAUGCACUGACUCUUGCCUCAUUGAUUCCACUGGUUGCAAGUAUUUCACCUGAACUUGAAAGUGGAAAAAAUGGUCGGAUUGCAACUUUGCAGUUCCUCUCUCUGAUCACGGGGAUUAUACUUCAGACUUCUACAGAAGUCUCACCCCUUAAAAAUAACUAAUGGACUGAGAGGGAGUCCUAAAGGAAAGCUCUUGUGCCUGCUCUGAGCCAUUAAAAGUCAUGGGAGUCAGCUUUGAACCGACCGUCUCCCCUGGAGGUUUACUUCAUUUAUUGGCCUCAGGGAGCAGCUUCCUGUUAACCGUCACACCACCGGCUGUAGUACUGUUAUGGACACUGGUGAUGGUGGGAACAUUUUAAUGAUUAAUGAUUGUAUCAUAUGAAAUACUUACAAUGUGUAUGACUUGCUGACUGUUGAUGCAAAAUAAGCUGUAUCCUGAACUACUUUUUUAAUAAGAGAGAAAAAGUCUUUUUUGAAGAAAAAACGGCAAUUAUAUUACUGAUACUAUAUAUAUUGUAGUAUGCAAAUCAGGGGUGUGUACUGUUAAUGUGUUUAUUCCUGUGCAAUGUAUUAGGAAACAUGUAUUUAUGAAGUGCAAUGCUGUGAUUUUGCAUGUAAAUGUGUACCAGAACACAGCAGACUGCUUUAUCCAGAGCUGUAAAUGUACUCGCCAAAGUGUGGCCCUCUUUAAGUGAAUGUUAGUAAUAAUUAAUACCCGACAGGAUGAAAAUGAAUGUCAUAAUGCAAGAAGAACACUUGAUUAUCACAGCAGCAUGAAGAAACUGCUCAGUUACAUCAAAAUGACUAUGAAUUAAUUCAGUAAAAUGUGAUUAGUUGAUAAUCUGCCUGCAUGACUGUAAUGUUCAUAAAACACUGUACACUAAUAAAGAUUAGGCCUUCA